AUGUUAAAUUCCUUUUGGUGGGGUCAUAAUUCAGCAAAUUCUCGAGGAUUACAUUGGCUAUCUUGGGAGCGGCUUUCAGUUCCAAAGGUAUUUGGAGGUAUGGGAGUUAAGGGCCUUAAGGCCUUUAAUAUGGCUAUGGUUGGUAAGCAGGCUUGGAAGUUGGUUUCUUCUCCAGAGUCUCUAAUCACUCGUUUACUCAAAGCUAAAUAUUUUCCUCGUAGUGACUAUUUUGGAGCUAGCAUUGGCCAUAAUCCUACUUAUGUUUGGCGUAGUAUUUGGAGUGCUAAAGAUGUGAUUCGGCGUGGUUUUCAGUGGAGUAUAGGUACAGGCGAACACAUACCAGUUUGGGAUCAUCCUUGGAUCAGUAAUGUUGCACGAAUUUUACCUUCAACUCAUCAUCAAUUGGAGUGGCCUUCUAUCAUUGUUUCUGACUUGUUGAUUACACCCCAGAAACAGUGGAAUAUGGAGCUCAUUAAUACUUUCUUUGACUCUAUUUUCCAACCAAUGUGUUUGCUAUCCUACAACACCUGGAUCAGCAGCAAAAGCAAAUUUUUCAGUGUGACCCUUUGGAGUAUUUGGAAGCAUCGAAACAAUAAGGUAUUGAACAACAUCACUGAUACAGCUCAAGAUAUUUGUGCUCGUGCAGGUUCUCUUCUUACUAGCUGGAGGAAUGCUCAGAAUAUUUGGCAUCCUAGCCCUCAAAAUCCUUCCACCCCGAAUGAUUUGAAGUGGGUUAAACCAAGUCCCGGCAGGUUUACCUGUAAUGUUGAUGCGUCCUUGUCUCAAGCUCAGAAUCGGGUUGGUAUUGGUGUUUGCAUUCGAGAUGAAGAAGGUUGUUUUGUUUUAGCCAAGACUGAAUGGAUGACUCCGCUCCUUGAUGUCGAGUUGGGUGAGGCUUUGGGUUUGUUAUCAGCAAUGCACUGGGUUCGUGAUCUGCAACUAGGUAUUGUGGACUUUGAGCUUGACUCCAAAAGUGUGGUAGACAGUCUUUAUGGUAGUACUAGUGGCGUCUCUAAUUUUAGCGCAAUUAUUAAUGAUUGUAGACGUCUGUUAGCUUCUGAUUUAGUAACCUCUAAUGUUAGGUUCAUUCGGAGACAAGCCAACGAAUUCGCUCAUAGCUUUGCUAUAGUGGCUUUGCGUCAUGCUAGUUUCCAUAUUCAUAUUAGGAUUCCAUCUUGUAUCUCUACUAUUAUUUUGAAUGAAAUGCAAUAA